AGACUCAUCAUUCGAGACGACAAGGCCACCGCCUCCAAGUACAUUUCCGACUACAUCAUUCACCGCAUCAAAUCCUUUGCACCUACGCCUGAAAAGCCAUUCGUGCUGGGCCUGCCAACUGGAUCUUCCCCUGAAGGCAUCUACAAGAAUCUGGUCAAGGCGCACAAGAAUGGCGACAUAUCCUUCAAGCAUGUCAUUACCUUCAACAUGGACGAAUACGUAGCCAUCCCCCGCGAACACCCGGAGUCGUAUCACAGCUUCAUGUACAAGCAUUUCUUCAGCCACGUCGACAUCGACCCAGCCAACAUCAACAUCCUGAAUGGAAAUGCUGAGGAUCUCGAGGAGGAAUGCAUCGCGUAUGAAGAAAAGAUCAAACGCUCUGGAGGCAUUGAGCUCUUCCUCGGCGGCAUUGGUCCAGACGGACAUAUCGCUUUCAACGAGCCUGGCUCAAGUCUGAAAUCUCGAACCAGAGUCAAGACCCUCGCCUACGACACCAUUCUAGCAAAUUCAAGAUUCUUCGGCAACGACGUGAACGAGGUGCCGAAGAUGGCCUUGACAGUCGGAAUCCAAACCGUUCUAGACGCCCGCGAAGUAGUCAUAAUCAUCACCGGCCCGCACAAAGCCCUCGCCCUCCAAAAAUGCAUCGAAGGCGGCGUAAACCACAUGUGGACCCUCUCCUCCCUCCAACUGCACCCACACGCCAUGAUCGUCGUCGACGAAGACGCCACCCUCGAACUGCAAGUCAAAACCGUGAAAUACUUCAAGUCUAUCGAACAAGUCGCCGCAUCACAGGGUUUUGGCCAAGCCCUUUCCUCGGAAGAAAUGGUUUUGAAAAAACGCGACAGCGUGCUGGAAAAACUCGACUCUCCUAUAAAAAGUCCGACGAAUAAGUCCUUUUUAGCUCCGCACCCGGAGAUUUUGAUGGGGAUGAGGAGACCGCUCACGCCAGAUUUUGUUCCGGAUUCUAUGCAUGAACGUAUCCCGGCGCAGCAGUCUAGUGUGGUGGGAUUGGAUGGGUUGGAAACGAAGGAGUUUCCUAUGAGUGCUAUGCAUGAGCGUGUGGAUUCUGCGUCUGCGUAG